GCAGGCAGCAGUGGCAGCAGCAGCAGCAGCAAGCAGCACGGGCUGGCACGGGCGCGAUCCGCACUGACUUGGUUGUGCGUGUCUUCCUUGUGUGUAGUUGAUCCGGUCGGCGCGCGUGAGUUUUAGAGACGGGUUACCGCAGUGCUUGGACCCCAGAAACAGCGCUACCAGCAGAUCAAGCCAGCAUGUCCGACGCCGGCCAGGACCCCAAACCUGAGGGCUCAGACUGCGAGUACAUCAAGCUGAAGGUGGUAGGCCAGGAUGGAAAUGAGAUUCACUUUAAAGUGAAGAUGACCACGCAGAUGGGAAAGUUGAAGAAGAGUUACAGCGAGCGCAUGGCUAUGCAAGUGUCAUCCCUCCGCUUCCUGUUUGAUGGCAAAAGGAUCAACGAUGAUGAAACACCGAAACAGUUGGAGAUGGUGAAUGACGAUGUCAUUGAAGUGUACCAGGAGCAGACGGGCGGCCUACGGAUAGCACCAGCUGGCCUCCGGCCAUCAUCCUGAGUCAACUUCCCUCCCCAUGCACCAGCGCGCGCGCGUGUACACACACACUCGUCAAACAUUGUCAUCUAAUAAAAUUCAUGUUCAGUCA